UUCUUCUUUAGCUGUGAAAAUGGAGGAGGAAGAUAAUCUAUCUAUAUACAGUGGAGAUGACAUGUCCAUUGAUAGCCUGGGUCUGGCUCCAGAUGAGGAAGACUCCUCAGACGAAGAAGCAGAGAUGCAUGGACGUUUAACACAAGGGAGAGCCAGAGAAGAGCAAGGGAAUCCUGCCAUAUCUCAUUCAGAAGAUCCCGCAGAUGCAGAAAGAGAAAAAGAUUUGGAGACCGAUGAGAAAGAGCAGUUGUCAGAACCAUCCAUGGUGAUGCACAACCAAAGAGCUAGGCCUGGAUCAGAGCAGUUCUGUGAUCCGGAUGUAUUUCCGCCUCUGGGUUUGGACAUGAAUUCUGGUCCCUCCAACACACCAGAGCACACACACUGUGACCCACUGCUCACAUGCCAGACUUCACCGCAUGAUUCAGACCUAACAGUGUCCGAGGGUUUUGAGCCAAGCACCAGCCCAAGUACCUUCACUGAGGAACACCCGGUUUUCAGAAUGAUGAGGAGCAACCACAAGCAGCCAAGUGAAAGUCAAAUUCACUCAACCAGACCAAACAGUAGAGGAGAAAUAUCACUAAAUGAACGAGGGACAUCUGAAUUGGGUCCAGGGAUUCGUCCGUUGUCCCGGGCAGCCCAGGAGAUCAUGGAGAUCUGCAGUGUGGACCACACAGGCUGCGAGGACCCUGACCUGGAGUCUGACGUGACUGAACACACACUCCACGGUCUGGAGCAGGAACUCAGACUCAUGGCAAAGGAAACAUGGAAGCAGACUUCAGCAUUUGGUACGGGAGACUGUGGAGGUCAAGAUCAGCAAGGAAAUUAUCGGUUCACACGGGGCAGAGCCAGCGACGAACAAAAUGAUGAAGAAGCUGCUACACAGAGAGACAGGCAGAGUGUUCUGUCACUGCCCUGAUAUAUUCAAAC